AUGGUCGGAAACAAUACUCAAGAAAAGCUCAAUGAUGAGCAUGUCUCACCCACACCAAAAUUAUCUCCAACCGAAAGGAACUUACGUCAAAAGAGAGAAGACGCAAACAAGAAGAGUAGUGAAACUCCAGAAAAAAGGCAGUCAGCACACUCGAAAACUGAUAUAACCACUGAAGACGCUCCACAUAUCCCACCAAAGAAAGAUAUCUUAGUUGCCUCAGCUGUGAAUAGUGCAAAAAAAUUGCCCAAUCCUAAUCCGGAAGGUACAGUUGGUUCAAUCCCUCUGGAGAAAGUUCACCCUAAAGAUUUAAGGAAAGUACCAUCAAGGAAACCAAACAAAUUCGAUACUUCAAUUACCAGCCCCGGUAUAUUAGACGAUUUGAAUCCUAGAGAAAAGGCUGAGUUGGAAGAAAAGAUAAAUGGCGAAGAUGCUGCAGGUUUAUUCCCAUGGAGACUUAUCGGAGCGUUUUUCCCAUCCGGUAAGGGUUCUCCAAAGACAAUGGAUGUUAAGAUUGUUAAAGCUUAUAUCUUGGAGAAUUUCUAUAAUGAUUGGUAUAAUAACUGCGCAAUUAUUGUUGGUACUUGUUUUACUUCAUGGUUGUUCGCAUAUUGGGGGUUCUCAUGGUGGUCUCUGGGUUUCAUCUUUUUAGGAACUGCAUCUGUUUAUAAUGCUGAAUUCCGUAGGUUUAAUAGAAAUAUUAGAGAUGAUCUGAAAAGAACUACUGUGCAAGAAACUAUUUCUGGUAAAGUAGAAACUACAUUAUGGCUGAAUUCGUUUUUAUCCAAGUUUUGGGUCAUUUAUAUGCCUGUUCUAUCUUCACAAGUUAAAGAAGCUGUCAAUCCAAUUUUGGCAAGUGUGGUCCCUGGUUAUGGGAUCGAUGCUUUGUCCUUAGAAGAAUUUACACUGGGUUCAAAGGCACCUGCAAUUAGAGGUAUCAAAUCAUAUACAAAGACUGGUAAGAAUUCUUUGGAAAUGGAUUGGUCAUUUGCUUUUACUCCAAAUGAUGAAUCUGAUAUGACACAAAUUGAAGUUGAAGAGAAGGUUAAUCCUAAGAUCGCCCUUGGUGUUACCUUAGGUAAAAGCAUUGUUUCUAAAACCCUGUCGGUUUUAGUUGAGGAUAUUAACGUGGCCGGUAAAAUGCGUGUUCGUUUAGAGUUCGGUAAAAUCUUCCCAAAUAUUAAAAUAGUAUCUAUUCAAUUAUUAGAACCUCCAUUAAUGGAUUUCGUUUUAAAACCAUUAGGUGGUGAUACUUUAGGUAUUGAUGUGAUGUCAUUCCUACCAGGUUUGAAAAGUUUCGUUAAGAGUAUGGUUAAUUCCAAUGUUGGACCAAUGUUAUAUGCACCAAAUCAUAUGGAUAUUAAUGUCGAAGAAAUCAUGGCUGCUCAAUCUAAUGACGCCAUUGGUGUCUUGGCAGUCACAUUGAAAUCUGCUGAAGGUUUGAAAGGAUCCGAUUUCAUCACUAAUACUGUUGAUCCAUAUAUAGUCCUAAAGACUGAAAAGACCCCAAAUAAUGAAAUUAAAGAUAUCCGUUCAUCAAUUAAAUCAGAUAUUAAGGAUCCACGUUGGAAUGAAACUAAAUAUCUAUUGUUACCAACUUUAAAUCAAAAGUUGACAUUUUCUUGUUUCGAUUUCAAUGAUGUUAGAAAAGAUACUUUAAUUGGUGAUAUUGAAAUCGAUUUAGGGUCUCUUCUUUCAGAACCAAAUCAAGAAAACCAAACCGCAGAAUUUAUGGUCGGUGAUAAACCAAAGGGUUUGCUACAUUAUUCUUUACGUUGGGUUCCUGUUAUAGAACCAAAAUCAGAAGAAAAGAAACCUGAUAACCAAGCUGAAGAAAUUAGUGACGCUGAUGAGGGUGAGGAAGCUGGUGAUUCUGAUGUUGGUAUUAUGAAGUUCAAUUUACAAAAGGUCAAAUAUUUAGAUACUUCUACAUCAGUAACUGGUAACUUAAGUCCUUCUGCAAAAUUAUAUAUUGAUGGUCAAUUGAAAAAAUCAUAUAGAGCAUUGAGAAGAAUCAAUGAACCAUCUUGGAAUGAAGAAACUGAAAUAUUAAUUGGGUCCAAGUCUACCUCUAAGAUUACGAUAAAAAUCUUUGAUGAACGUAUUGGAGGAAGUGAGGUUCUUUGUGAAUAUUCAUCUAAUGUGGAAGAUCUGUUGGAUACCUUUGGAUUAGGUCAAGAGUCUGUCAAAGGUUCUCCACAGGGUGAAAUUUAUUUUACUUCCCUAUGGAAACCCUUGGCUACAAGUGAAAAAUUUGUUAGUACAACAGCAACAACGGGACCAAUAGGUUGUAUCAAAAUUGAUGUCGUAAAGGCGAAAGUGACAUCUAAUUUGUCAGGGUUGGGUGAUAUUGACCCAUAUUUCUCUGUUCAAUUAAAUAGGCAUACAAAAUACAAGUCUAAAUACUAUUCGAAUUGUGUUGAGCCUGUGUUCCAUGAAGCUGCGUAUAUUCCUGUUACUUCUGAAAACCAACAUAUUACAGUUUCUUUGAUCGAUUACCAAUCGGUAGGUUCUGAUAGGCCAAUCGGAUCAGUACAACUACCAGUAUCGAGUUAUGUUAAAAAGAAUAAAGAAACAGGUGAGUAUGAAGAUAACUCCAAAACAGCUGCCCCAACAAUUUUCAGUUUAAAAAAUAAGAAGAAUGACCAGACGGACGACACUAUGAGUAUGGCUGUAUCAUUUAUCCCAACAAUGUCUGUUUAUUCUCCAGAUGAAAUUAAGGAUGUGGAAAAACUCGAAGCUGAUCUCAAGAGAAAGAGAGAAGAUUUUGAAGCUGAGCAAGCAGAACUUAAGUUAAAGAUGGAACAAGAACCGGAUAAAUGGGAAGAGGUUACAGUCAAAGAUCCAUUUGAAGACGACGUCAAAAAGCUACAUAGAAAGAAUAAAUUGACUUUGGAACAAAUCAUUGCUCGUAAUUCUGGUAUUCUUUCAUUGGAUAUUUUAGGAGGUCGUCUCGCAAAAGAGUCUGUUUUUCUCGAAGUAUUGGCUGAUGACGUAUCAUAUCCAAUGUUUGUUCUAAGAGGUAAAGGUAAUAAAGUCAAUCCGGAGAGGGAUAGUUUAUUUAUUCGUGAUUUGAAACACAGUAAACUACAUUUCAGAUUAUCGAGGAAGAAUGUUGCUAAAGAUCCUGAUGAUGUUAUAAGCACCGACUCUUUUGGUACUCUUGAUUUAUUAAACUCUAGUUAUGGUAAUCCAAAAGAAAUUACUUUUAGCGGUUCUUCGUUGAAAUUCAAAAUGUUUUUCGAACCUUCCCAAUGUGAACUUUCUUCAUCUGAAUCAAUUGAAAAUACGGGCUACCUGAAAUUAAAAUUCAUAUCAGCAGACAACUUAAUGUCAGCAGACAGAAAUGGUAAAUCUGAUCCGUUCGUAGUAGCAUAUGUCGAUCGUAAAAAAGAAUAUAAAACCCAAAUUAUCAAGAAGACCCUUUCUCCAGUUUGGAAUGAAACUGCAAAGAUUCCAAUUCCAGCUAGAGAUAGAAACCAAUUAAUACUUAACGUUUUUGAUUGGGAUCGUGCUGGUGAUAAUGAUGAUUUAGGCGCAGUGAAGAUAGAUCUAACUGAACUUGAACCUGAAAAGACAUAUGAUUGGAACUUACAAUUGUCCACACAGGGUACCAUAAAAUUACAAGGUAAAUUUUUGCCAGAGUAUAUUAGACCAACCGUUGAAAUUUCGCAAGGUAAACUUUCAGAUAAACCUAUGAAGGCAAUUGGUACAGUUGGUGGCACAGGAUUAGGGGCUGCAAAGCAAGUAUCUGGUGCCGCAAUGGGUAUUGCUGGUGCCGGUUUAGGAGUUGCUACAGGUGGUCUCCAAAAGGGUGGUCGUUUAUUUGGUAUCGGUAGUGAUAAGAACAAGAAAUCGAGAAAAUCAACUGAAUCAUCUCCUCGUAUAAGAAACUCUUUAGAAUAUGAUACAUCCGUACCAAAUAACAGCUAUACACCAAGGCCUUCUGUUGAGCCAGCUUCUUCUAAUGCUGAAGAACGUGCCUCUACUAAGUCUAAUAAUUUAUCCAGAAAUACUUCUUCUAAUAUGUCUAAUGUGGGAGGAAAAAAAUCGAGGGCAAGUAGUUUUGCUCGUACUUUAGCUCCAAAUGGUACUUAUAAUGGAAAUGUCAAUAUCCUCUCAAGUGAAAAGUUAGGAAAGAAUAUCCAGAUAAUUAUAUCAUUGACACAAGCUGGUAGAAUGAAACAUUUAUAUAAGACAAGGGUCCAAAAAGCCAACGAUAACGGAACAAAUGUUUUUAAUGAGGCAUGUGCUUUCAAGGCAUCCCCAGAAGCAACUUUAGUAAUUGGAGCUGUCGCUCACCAUAAAUUAUCGAAAGAUAAAAGUUUAGGAAUUGCUCAAGUUAAUCUAGGAGAUCCUCAAAUUCAAAAAGAUGAAAAUCUUGCGUUGAAAUUAAAUGAUGGUCAUGUCAUCAUAAAGCUUGAUUAUGCUAAGGAAGCUUUGGAAAAUAUUCCAGAUGUUCCUCAAAUUCCUGAACAGUAUCAACAAUAA